AUGCCUACUUGCUGGGCAUUCGGGCCUUUGGCUGCUAUUGAGGCAGCUUACCAACUAAUUACAGGGAAGCUACUAAAAUUUUCAGAACAAGAAAUCGUGAACCACUAUUGGUCAGCAGCGAGCAAACGUGAAAAACGCUUAAUGAGAAACAUAGGAUAUUAUUCUGAGCUAACGUUUGAGUAUCUUAUAAGUAAAGGAAAAAUUUCACUGGCUGCCGAUUACCGGUACAAAACAGCGUUUGGGAAAUGCAAGAGGCUAGAUGCUAGAAAACUUGUGGAUCCUCUAGUACGAGGGUACAUUCAAGUUCCGAAUGAUGAAGUUGCACUUCAGAUUGCAGUGGCCACUCAACCGGUCACCGUUGCGCUUGAAAUUGAUGAGGUGUACAACAAUUACAAUCCGGAGUGCGUUAAUGAUGAACGACCAGCAGCCUCGCCGUCAACUAAUCAAGUCAUUGAUUAA